CUUUUCUAUUUCCGAGAUGAAGCCUGCUGUUUUACAGUUGCAGGUUCACUUGGAAAAUUCGCAGUAUCUUACCUUUUACGGAGACCAGCGGAUCACUUACGUAACUGAGGCAGCUAACUCAAAUAAAACUAUGUUGACCCAGUUUUUCGCCAUGAAUGCAUCCAAUCAAGUUGCAAAAACUUUAAAACUCUUGUAUGUUGAAUUCCCACAUUAUUUUGUUUGGAAUGUGCAAAAAAAAGAAUGGACCCAACGUAAGAAGAAGGAAGUCCUUGGCAGACUUGUUUCUGUCAAUCCUUUCGAAGGGGAUCGCUAUUACCUCCGCCUCCUGCUCUCAAAUGUGCGAGCACCAAAAUCAUUUUCAGAUCUUAAGAGUAUUAAUGGCCAUGUGGCUCCCACAUUCAGAUCUGCAGCUGAGCAGCGUGGGCUGCUGGCAGGGGACUUUGUCGUUCGCGCGUCACUUGAUGAGGCGGUAUUAUUCCAGUUGCCUUCCAGUCUGCGCAAACUGUUUGCUACACACCUCUGUUUUUCAGCAGUCCCCAAUCCUCGCGGCCUUUGGGCUGAUUACAAACCCCAUUUGUGUGAAGACAUAGCGAGGUCCCAAUCAUGCGCAGUGGCAGAAAAGACAGUACUGUCGUUGUUGCGUGACUUAUUUGCUGCAAUGGGGAAAGAUAUCAACUCAUUUUGUUUGGUUGACUCAGACUUGGAUACUGCUGAGGACGAUGGAACCGCCCGUGAAAUACUUGCCGAACGUGGUAUACAGGUAAGUGAGGCGGACCUGGACAGUAUAUCUUUCUUAAACACUCAGCAAAAACACGCAUUUGACACUAUAAUGGAAGCAGUCCAUUCUUGCCGUGGGACUGUUUUCUUUGUUGAUGGCCCAGGUGGUACUGGUAAGAGUUUCUUGUACCGGUCCUUGUUGGCCGCCACACGGAUGAACAAAUGGAUAGCGCUUGCAACUGCAAGUUCGGGCAUCGCUGCAUCCAUCUUGCCCGGUGGGCGUACUGCACAUUCACGGUUUAAAUUGCCUCUUGAUGGUGAGUCAAAAUAUAUAUGCAACAUUGGCAAACAAUCAGCAGAGGCCAAGCUCCUUAGAGCUGCACGCCUAAUCUUGUGGGAUGAAGCAUCAAUGGCAAAUCGCAGGAUUGUUGAAAGUCUUGAUACAACAUUAAGAGACAUCCUUGGCGUAGAUUCCCUUUUCGGGGGCAAGGUUAUGGUCUUCGGGGGUGACUUUAGACAAACUUUACCAGUGGUCCGUUCUGGCACAAGGACAGAUUUUGUAGAUGCGUGUCUGUUAAAAUCAAUAAUAAUAUGGCCUCAUGUCCACCGCCUGCGUUUGAUAAAAAACAUGCGGGCACAUGAAGAUCCUGCCUUUUGUGACUAUUUGAUGCGCGUUGGCAAUGGAACUGAAACCCUCGUCGCGGGUGACAAGAUAAAGAUCCCCGCCAACUUUAUCUUACCCUGGAUUGAUGAAACCGCAUCCCUGAAAUUGCUUUUUUCAGCGGUCUACCCAGACUUGCACUUGUUUGAAACUGACCCUUACGCUUUGAUGUCACGUGCCAUACUCACCACAAAAAAUGACAUUGUAGACUUCAUCAAUUCAUCGUUGAUAGCUAAGUUUCCUGGAGAAGAACACAUAUAUCUUAGCUAUGAUACCCCAAUUGAGCCUAAAUAUAUGCACUGUGAAGAUUACCUGCACACCUUAUCCCCUGCUGGUUUGCCCCCCCACAGGUUAACUUUAAAACCUAAUUGUCCUGUGAUGUUAUUGCGAAAUCUGAAUCCAUGUGAGGGCCUAUGCAACGGGACCAGGCUAAUAUGCGAUGCAUUCGGAGAUCAUGUCUUGAGUUGCUUCAUUGCCGCAGGUGAUCACAAGGGAAAACAUGUGUUCAUCCCUAAGAUUCCUUUGGAAGUCUCAAAAGAUGAACACUGUUCUAUGCCUUUCAAGCGCACACAGUUCCCUAUCAAAGUCUGUUUUGCCAUGACAAUAAAUAAGUCCCAGGGGCAGACGCUGGAUUUCGUUGGUAUAUAUUUAAAAGAACCAGUCUUUUCUCAUGGACAGCUCUACGUUGCAAUGUCAAGGGCCAAAAAUGCAGAUUCCAUAAAAAUUGUGAUUUGUCCAGAUGAACAGGGGCCAGUGGUUACGAAUAGCACAAGCAAUAUUGUUUUUGCUGAAAUUGUGCCUUUCAUUAACUAGAGGUCACCUGAUGCUUGUGUUAUGUUUGUUAUUUUUGAGUUCAAUCUGUCCUUGUAUUGAUUUGGUUUUUACCCAUUCCGUUUCCCUUGUCAUUUGCAGAGUGUUGCUGGUAUGGCAGCUGAAAUGUUGCUUUUGGAUGUGAAGCCAGAAACCCAAAGGUGGACAUGCCGCCUUACUGUCAUUGAGAAACAGAAUGUCCGCUCAGCAAAAAAUUCUCCAUGCAAGUUUAUGCCAAUAGUCCUGAUGGACUCUGCCGUGAGUUACCCCUUGAAACAUACUGAAUUAUUAUUUACCAUCUGUGUCCACAUCCUUUAUUAUGCAUUUACAUCUCUCUUUUGAAUAGGGGACAAAGGUGAAAGCAACUGCAUUCCAGGGCGACAUUGAAGGGAUAGAUAAGCGGCUCACAUUAUACUCUACAUAUCUCAUCUCAAAUGCUUAUGUGAAGCCCCUAACGGAACUCCGCUAUUGUGUUGAUGAGUCUUAUAAGUAUGUUUGGUCUUUCACAAGACGGACUAUGAUCCAGGAUGUUGACGCGGAAGAAGGAAUUGAUGCCCGAGAACAGGCCGAGGCAGACACUAAACAGUUCUGGGAGCUUUACACUUGUUACUUGACUGAUGAAAAAAUAAGUAUUCUUGCUGCAAUUGUUGCGAAACUACCUCGUGCCUUCAUAGUCACGGAUGAUGGGCAGAAGGUCGCUUGGGACGUGGUUGUUGUUGAUGAAGACUGUACACCAUUGCCGCUCACAAUGUGGGGAGAUUUUGUUGUUCGACACGGGAGUGAAAUUGAAAAGCGGCUGAGUGGAGGGGAAUGCCCCCUUGUCCUCAUUAGCAAAGUGGCUAUCAACCUUUUCCAAGGCUUAACCCUUUCUACGCGGUUCGACAGCCACAUGGUGCUUGACCCAACUGGGGAGCGCGCCUUGCUUCUGAAAAAAUGGGUUGCUGCCAAUGCAGCGAAAAUAGAAUUGAUGGUGGUUGACAAGAAGUAUGAGCAUGCAUUGCGUGCUAUUGCUUGUCCUGCCUCACAGCCACGUACAAGUAUUUCGUGUGUAGAAACUCAGCUGAAUACGGUCAGUCUCGCUCUUUCUGAUUUUCGGUACUCUUCCAUGCACAGUUUUGACACCGCCUUCAAAAACCUGUGUUCUGCAUUAAAUGGUCAUUCUAUUACACUUUCAUGUGUGGGCUUUAAUGUAUGUUUUACCAACAGAUCCCGAUUGUGUGGGUGUAUGGGAAGCUCAACUUUACUAACACUUCAGGGGAUGGUUCGUAUGUGGGUUGUGAUUAUUGUAAUCGAAGGGUGCAUGGCAUUGAUGGCGUGACAUUCGAGUGCUUGUUCUGUGGCCAGAAACAAGGCACCAGUGUUAAACGGUAUGAAGCUCACGCCUCAACAACAUAUUGAUUAAUAAAUUAAAUGCUAACUGGGUGAAUGUUUAUGCAGUUAUGUUUGCAGUGCGACCUUGUCUGAUUCUAGCGGCUGCAUUCCUGUUACUCUCUUCACAAGUGACAUUUUACACUUGAUGGAAAUUGUUUCAAUGGAUCCCGACGUCGAGCUGGAUCUGGAAGCUUUGGAUGCAAAGCUCCAAUCAGCACCGAUAAUUGCAGGUGUGAGACGCUCAAAGAGCAGCGAAGGUGGUCUCCAAAAAAACCCUUACAGCAUUGUGCUUGUCUCCAAUGGAAAAGCGCCCCCAGCGCCUGCUGCAGCAAGAACUGCCACUUCAUCAGCUGCUGCACCUGAAGUUGCGUUGGAUGCUGCUUCUGCUCGCAAAAGAAAGCUGGACUUUAAAUCAGCCGAAGAUGUUCACUAUGCUGCUCCCACUGCUGCUGCUAAAGACACCUUACCCACCGAAACUACUGAAAAGGAGCCCCUUUCGAACGUUCGCCAGAGGAAGCGCAAACCUGCGACCGGUUAAGGGCCACACCGAACCACUUUUUGGCAGAUCUUUUGCAACCAAUGGAACAUCUUGGUUUGUCUGUAAAUUAUGAACACCACUUUUUGGACAACCUCCUAGGCUAAUUAGCAGAUUAGAUGGAUUAUGCUGAUUUAGCUCAUUACUGAACAUGUCCAGCAACCUUUUUGUUUUUUGCUCAUCUAGGGUCAUUAACCGUUGUUGUGUACAUAUCAACUAGUUACCAUGUUCGGUUUAAAUGUGCCUUACUCACACUGUAUAUAUGCCACCAUGAAAGUAAUGUCAUGUUGUCUGCUUUCCUUAUUUUGCGGAAAGAGCAUUUGCUGAAACCAAAAAGGUAUAAGGGAUUUGUUUGUCGUUAUGCUGUAUGUUCGUGAUUAACUAAGAACAGUGGCGGAACUAGAGGGGGUCGAGCCGGUGCUGCCGCCACCCGUUCGGUGGAGAUUGUAGUGUAUAUAUAUGCGUGUGUAUAUGUCCAGUCCCGUCUCUACAUCUAUUAUAAAUAUUAUCUGACCCGUAAUUCACCUAACAGUUAGAACAACACUGAUGGUCGAAGGCCUUACAUAUUUGGACUAUGGCCGGGUUCGGUUCACGCUGGGGCCUUUUUUUAAUUAAUACGUAGGAUCUACAUAUGAUACUUCCUACAGGGCCACUCUGGAUUUGGGAUAUUAUUAGUUUUACUUUUUUUGAACUACCACACUAGAUUUCUCUUACUUUUGUGCUACACUUUUAUUGUUUCAGUUUACUUUUUUCAAAAUUAACAUGUUAUUUGCAUUUCCUGUUUUGUACAAUACUACGGAGUA